AUGAAGUGUUUUGCGCCCCGGCGCAUUCCAAGUCGUUCGACGUUCUUUCUUGAAGAUUGCGCAUCGAAUACAAACAAGACACUUUAUCCUGCUACAACAUAUCGAUUACGACUUUCGGGGGAAAGAAAAGAGAGGCGAUAUGCUUCAUCUAAUAAAUCUUCGAGGCCGAAAACUGCGCUGUUCUUUCCUGGUCAAGGAGUUCAAAGAGUAGGAAUGUUAACGCCAUGGCUCGAAGCCUUCCCCUCUACCGCCGGCCCUAUCGUCGAAGAAAUUGAUGAUCUUCUGGGAUAUAAACUCUCAUCCAUAAUAGCGAAUGGGCCCAAUAGUACCCUCACAGCUACGGGCAAUGCGCAACCUGCUAUUAUGGCGUCUUCCAUCUUGAUUUUACGAGUUUUAGAACGCGAAUUUGGCUUCAAGACACACGAGAGAGUUGAUUUUACAUUGGGACAUUCUUUGGGCGAAUUCGCUGCGUUGGUUGUUGGGGGAUAUGUGGAGUUUGAAGAUAGUUUGUACCUCGUGCGCAAACGGGCAGAAAUCAUGGCCGAAUGUUCGCGGAGAGCAAGCGCAGAACAUGGAGGUGAAUAUGGGAUGGUAGCUUUGGUUACGGAACCCGAUCACCUCUCUUCUCUAAUCGAAGCUAUACACCAAUUUCUAGGUCAUAUUUCUGCAGGUUCAAAGUCUGAAAGUGCGGAGGUCCCUCCUAUUCAACAAGUGCUAAUUGCGAACAUGAAUAGCAAGAAUCAGAUUGUCUUGAGCGGGAAUAUUGGGAGAAUAAAGGAAUUGUUGACGCAUUUGAGACAAUUUGGAGGCCAUGAUCCUAGGGCCGUUAGGUUAAAGAGUGAUAGUCCUUUUCACAGUCCAUUGAUGAGGCCUGCGGCGAAGUCUAUGUUGAAAUUAUUGGAGGGGAAGAGUAAGGUGAAGGGAAAAGAAGACAAGGACUUAUUAAUAUUCCCUGGGACCAUGGAUUGCAUAAGUAAUGUCAGUGCAAGGCCGUUCCAAAGUAAAGAGGAACUGAAGGACCUGUGGUCGAGAAGUUGUGUUGAGACUGUCAGAUGGUGGGAUUCAAUCAAAUACUUGGACCAGGAGAAGAAAGUUCGGAGGUGGAUUGGUAUUGGUCCAGGGAAAGUUGGGAGAAAUUUGGUGGGCAAAGAAGUUGGGAUGAGGGGGAUGGACACCUUAAAGGGAGGCGGAGUCUGGGGUAUCAGUGACCCGAAAGAGAUUGAGGAAGCUUUGAAAGCUUUGGAUGAGACGGAAUCCCUCGGUGUGGAGGAAUUGAAGUGA